CGUUACUAGAGAUUGUGGUUGAUGGCGUGUAAGCGAGAAGCUGAGUGUCCGCGAUCUAUACACCAUUAGCCCAGAAAGUGAUUCUGUGCACCGUUCGCAGUGGUCAGUUAAGCUCCGGUGGUUCAUUGUAACGGUUGUUGCUGUGCGUUUUGUCCGUUUUUGUCCUUUUGCUGCUUUCGUUGUUUCGGAUUCCUGCUCAGCGACGUGCGCACACGAUGGCGUUCAACAAGGACGAGAUGCAUCCACCAAGCUGGAUGGAUGAGAGAUUCUUCGAGAAGGUGCUACGGCAAUCGGAGCGCGACGGUACACUCUCGGUAACGGGAAUGCGUAUCGUACCCGGGACCAAACCGGGAGAUCACUUCGCCAGUGUCAUCUUUCGGGCGAUCGUGCAGCACGACAAGUCACCGGAUGAGGUAUCCUUGAUCGUGAAAACGCUACCGACGGAGGAAGGCGUUAAGAAGGAUCUGCUCAACGAUGGGUACGUCUUCGAGACGGAAACCCUCAUGUACACGGAGAUCGUACCGGCCAUGCACCGGUUGCUGCAGUCCGUCGGAGAUCAGACUGUGCUCGGAGCACGUUUGCUGUACCACGAGAAACUGCCCAGAUGGGUUAUGGUGUUCGAAGACAUCACCAAACACGGUUACGAAAUGAAGACCAAACAGCUGGACUAUGAAGAGUCCAAAGUCGUAUUUGCAAAACUGGCCCGUUGGCACGCUGCCUCGAUGUUUCUUGUCGAAACGACGCCGGCUAUCAAGAGCCUCACCAAAGGCGUGUACAAUUUGUUUGAACAAAACAACGAGUUCCUGAACAUGUGGCAGAAAAACAUCGAGAUAUUAUCAACGAUUGUGCCGGAAAUUCCUGGCUGCGAGUCUUACGGCAAGCGGAUAGCAGCGAUAAAGGAGAAAAUUUUCAAGCGGGCCUCUAGUAUCUACACCUACGAUCCAUCUUCGCUGGUACACGUCCUUAAUCAUGGUGAUUGCCAUUUCAAAAACAUGAUGUUCAAACGCACGGAAGGAACGCUAGAGGAUAUCAUGCUGCUUGAUUUCCAGUUGAGCGUCUGGGGUACGCCAGCGAUUGAUCUCAUCUACGCGAUGUACAAUGCUGUGUCGAUCGAUACGAAAGAAGCGCAUCGCGAAGACCUGAUCACUUUCUAUCACCAGGAAUUGACCGAGUGCCUGAAGAAGUUUGGCUACCUUCGUAAAUUCCCGACGUUGCACGAAAUUCAGAUCGAAAUUCUGAAGUGCGGACAUUUGGAGUUCCUGUUGGCAUCCACCUUCGUUCCGUUUAUGUGCGUAGAAUUGAGUGAGAUCAUCGAUAUGCCCGAGGAUGGUCAAGGGUUUGAGAUGGAUUUUGCCGACACCGACAAGAUGAUUGAGAGCUUUACAAAAUGCUUCCGAACACCGAUUUACGUGGACUUCAUCCGGAAAAACUUACCCAAGUUUGUUCACAAGGGAUUCGUGGAUCUGGAAUGAUCUGCAUGAAACGUGUCGCAGGUUGUUGUAUUAGUGAUUUAAAAAGCGAAGCUAAUGUAAUAAAUAUUGCAAUGAUUCCAGCAAUGCCGAUUAAUGCUUUGCAAUGUUAUG